GACAUGACGUCACCGACCAAAUCCCCUUGAAGACCUCGAAAAUGGCCGUCAAAGCAAAGAGAUUUUAAUCUACUGUCGAAAUAACGUUUUUUUUCGGGUGUGGUCUAAACCAUUAUAAAUUUACGUGCGGUUGCUCCUCUUCCACGUCAUGCCACAUAUCACUCACAGUGAGUUUCUUCUGGAGCAACUGAAGAGGCAACGUGAGAGAAGCUUUCUGUGUGACUGCACAGUAGUAAUAGGACAGUCUCAAUAUAAUGCACACCAUAAUGUUCUGGCAGCCUUUAGCGAGUAUUUCUCUACGCAGUCUUUUGAUGCCGGAAAGGAGAAUGCCACCAUAACUUUGGACCCAGAGUUGGUGAGCGGUGCUGUAUUUGAAAAACUACUGACUUACAUUUACACUGGUGACUUGAGUAUGGACAGAGAAGAAAUUGAAAGCGUUCAGAAAGCUGCAUCUUAUCUUGGGAUGCCCGAGGUUGUGGCUCGUUGUACACUAACUCAAGAUGAUAUUAAAUUUGGUGGCUCGCCCACAAGACAAGCGGAGUAUGAAGAUCCACGGUCCCCCUUGAGCCCAGAUGACUACGAACCUUUAGAGCCAAUCACGGAGGUGGAAGAAUGGGAGCGGUUGAGGGAAAACAAGGAUGAAGCCCAGUCAUCCAGCGAACAGACGCCGCAGAGGAGCAGCAGCAAGAGAGGGAGGAAACCCAAAACUAGGCUCUAUGAGGAUGAUUUUGGGAGUGAGACCGUAACUGCUCACAGGGGCAGAGGUAGAGGUCGGGGGAGACCGAGAGGUCGGCCACGGGUGAGGCCGUUGACUUCUGAUUCAACUGAACAGUCUCCAGCUCAGCAAACCAUGAGCCCAAAAAGCAGCUCAGUAGGGAGAGGAACUGGAAGACCAAGAGGUCGUCCACGGGUUAGACCGCUGUCCACUGACAGAGAGGAACCAGCAACCAAGGAUCAAGAAGAGGAGAGCUCUGCUCACAGAGAAGAAGGCCCAGGAAAUAUACCUCUAUCAUCUGGUGCAGAAGGAGACGAAGAACAAGGAGACACCCAAGAAACAGAAGUUGUUGAAGAAGAUUUAGUGAAUGCUGGUGAGGCAGAUGUGACCGAUGUGGAAAACCCAGACGGAGUUCCUUUAAAACGAGGAAGAGGGAGACCACGGACUAAGCCAUUAACCACUGAGAACCAAACUACAAACACGGAAGACGGCUCAGAACCUGCGAAGACGAAAGAGAACGAAGGGACUGGCCGUAAAAGAGGAAGACCUCGAUCCAAACCUCUUUCUUCCGAGGCUCCCGAAUCUUCUUAUCCAACAGAGAACAGUGGAGAAGAAGCUCCCGGAGAAACAAACCAAGACACGGAGAAACACACUGAAGAAAGCUCAUCACAAGGGACAGAGGAUUCGGAAUCAAAUCCUGCCAAGAAGGUCCGCACCAGCAACAGAAAGAGAAGCUUGAGUAGAAAGCUUAAAGAAAGUCAGGCGAGUAACGAGGAGGAUGAAGACGAUGUAGAGGAUGAAGAAUUUGCCAAUGACAACGAGGACUGGGCCGGAGAAGAGGAAGUGAAGCCCUUGCAGGACAAACACAGGCCUAUUUGUAAUGUCUGCGGGAACCUGUUCUCAGAGAUGAGCAGCCUGCGCAGACACAUGCGCAUACACAAGGGCCUCAAACCCUAUCAGUGCCAGCUCUGUACCCGCUCCUUCAGACAGGGCAACCAGCUGAAGACCCACAUGCGCAUUCACACAGGAGAGAAGCCCUUCAAUUGUACAUCUUGUGAGGCACGUUUUGCUCAGAAAUGUCAGCUGGUCUAUCAUUGCCGCAUGCAUCACGGAGAAGAAAAGCCGCAUAAAUGUGAUUUCUGUGGGGCAGCUUUCGCCACUUCUAGUAAUCUGAAGAUUCACAUAAGGAAGCACAGCGGUGAGAAGCCGUAUGAGUGUGGAGAAUGUGGGAAGCGCUUCACGCAGGCCAGCACUCUGAUGUACCACAAGCGGCGACACACGGGGGAGAAACCCUACAUCUGCGACACCUGCGGCAUGGCAUUCGCUGUGUCCAGCUCUCUCAUCGCUCACAACAGGAAACACACCGGUGUGACCCCAUAUAUAUGUUUGGAUUGCGGAAAACCUUGCAUAACUGCUGGUGAACUUCGAAAACAUAUGGACAUCCACAAUGGAUCGAGAAAAGUGAGGUGUAACAUGUGUGGGAACAUGUUUUCAGACAUAUAUAGCUUGAAGAAGCACAGCAUUUUGAAGCAUAACGCUCUUCCAGGCCAAGAGCAGGCUCCUUUGAAAACCGACCCAACGCAGUGUCCUCUCAACAUCCCCAUUGACCACCAGGGCCUGAUUGCUCGCGUGCGCUCUGCCCUUGUCGAUUCCCAAGACCAUGAAAUUCAAAUGGAGCCCCCUUUGCCAAUUUUGCCCCCGGAAACCUCACUUAUUAUCCAGCAGUCAGCAGAGCCUCAGAUGAUCAUACAGCAUGCAGAUGGCACAGAGCCCUCCAUGAUCUUCCAGCACGCAGAUUCAUCCGAAGCACCCGUUCUCUUCCAACACGGGGAAUCUGGCGAGCAAGUCAGCUAUGUAGUGGAACAGUACGAAAUCCCAGGAACUGCUGAGAUGGAGCACACGCAGAUUGUCAUUGUUCAGACCAUUGAUUAAAAUACCAGCUUUUACCUCCAUUUUAAAUGUAUUCUCUCCAUUAAGUGAAGACUGAGGUUAGGAUCUGUGUGGAAGCAUUUUGUCACAAACAUCCCUUCAGAUAACUUGUUUUCUCAGCGUUUGAAUGAACUCUUAGCAGAUAUCAGUUAUACAAAGCUAUUGUGUGAAUAUGUGGGGCUUCUCCUCUCUUGCUUUUUUCUUAAUUAAAUGUAAUGUCACAUUCAGAGCAGAAUCUGGAUCAUUAAAGGCAUAAAAUAUUUUCUGAAAUAAUGGGAAGGCCAAACUUACGUUUAGAUCUAAUAUAAAAGAUGUGUUUAAAAGUUAAUUUUGGUUCAUUUAAAAAAUACUUUUCUAUUUAAUUGAAAGGACAUUGUGGCUAUACAUUGCAACUGACUUGGUCAUUAUGAUAUUUUGAACCAUACGUUUGUCUUUUAGAAGUUUGAAAUGUAAAUACUUAUAAUGUUAUAUGACCCAGUCUCUGAACAAUUUCAUAUAUGAUGUGAAAUCAUUUGGAUCCUCUUACAAACUGGGAAAAUUUUAUAAUAAAUAAUCUCCAACUGAA